CUAAAACUGCUUCUCCAAUCUUCAUACUGUACUCUUGACUUACAGUCAAGGUCUCAUUUACCUGUUUGUAUAUUUGAUCCUCUGAAAUGGGCAUGAGACCAAUUUAGUCAACUAGUGCACAGAUCCAACAUGCGGGCUGCUUCUUCUUGACCAGAGGUCACUGGAUUGUGGUAGUGUGCACAUACAGACUAGGUGGUCAAUGUGCAGGACAAGCAACCUGCUUUACCUUGCCGGCCUCUGAGACCACAGGCUUUGGGACGACCAAUGUGAACUCGAUUGAUGAGGAUGCCAGCGCCGAUCAGACUGCGGGAGCUGAUCCGGACCAUCCGGACGGCUCGGACCCAGGCAGAGGAGCGUGAGAUGAUCCAGAAAGAGUGUGCUGCCAUACGCUCGUCCUUCAGAGAGGAAGACAACACUUACCGCUGUAGAAAUGUGGCUAAGCUACUCUACAUGCACAUGCUGGGCUACCCAGCGCACUUUGGGCAGCUUGAGUGCCUGAAGUUGAUUGCGUCCCAGAAGUUCACUGACAAGCGGAUAGGGUACCUGGGAGCCAUGCUACUGUUGGAUGAGAGGCAGGACGUCCAUCUACUAAUGACAAACUGCAUCAAGAAUGAUCUGAAUCACAGCACACAGUAUGUCCAGGGCCUGGCCUUGUGCACCCUGGGCUGCAUGGGUUCCUCAGAGAUGUGUCGAGACCUGGCUGGAGAGGUGGAGAAGCUGCUCAAAACCUCCAACUCCUACCUGAGGAAAAAGGCGGCGUUGUGUGCAGUCCACGUCAUCAGGAAGGUCCCAGAGCUGAUGGAGAUGUUCCUCCCAGCCACAAAGAACCUGCUGAGUGAGAAGAACCACGGUGUUCUCCACACUUCUGUUGUCCUCCUCACUGAAAUGUGUGAAAGAAGUCCUGACAUGCUCUUACACUUCAGAAAGAAUGAGAAGUUGGUUCCACAGCUGGUGAGAAUCCUGAAGAACCUGAUCAUGUCUGGUUACUCUCCUGAGCAUGAUGUGUCUGGCAUCAGUGACCCCUUCCUGCAGGUGCGGAUAUUGAGACUAUUACGAAUUCUGGGCAGGAGUGAUGACGACUCAAGUGAAGCAAUGAAUGACAUUCUUGCACAGGUGGCAACCAACACCGAGACCAGUAAAAAUGUAGGCAAUGCAAUCCUCUAUGAGACAGUACUGACCAUAAUGGACAUCAAAUCAGAAAGUGGAUUGAGGGUGUUGGCCAUCAACAUACUGGGACGCUUCCUUCUCAACAAUGACAAAAAUAUUAGAUAUGUGGCACUGACGUCCCUACUGAAGACUGUACAGACGGACCACAAUGCAGUGCAGAGGCAUCGGAGCACCAUUGUGGACUGUCUAAAAGACUUGGAUGUGUCCAUCAAGAGGCGUGCGAUGGAGCUGAGCUUCGCCCUGGUGAAUGGGAACAACAUCCGAGGCAUGAUGAAGGAGCUGCUCUACUUCCUGGACUCCUGUGACCCAGAAUUCAAAGCGGACUGUGCAUCCGGAGUCUUCCUGGCUGCAGAGAAGUAUGCGCCUUCAAAAAGAUGGCACAUUGACACCAUCAUGAGAGUCCUGACAACGGCGGGGAGCUAUGUCCGAGACGACUCUGUCCCCAACCUCAUCCAGCUCAUCACCAACAGUGUGGAGAUGCAUGCCUACACGGUACAGAGACUCUACAAAGCCCUGCUGGAUGACAUCUCACAGCAACCACUGGUCCAGGUGUCAUCCUGGUGUAUAGGGGAGUAUGGAGACCUGCUGGUAUCUGGACAGUGUGAGGAGGAGGAGCCCAUCCAGGUGACAGAGGAUGAAGUCCUGGAUGUUUUGGAAGGUCUUCUUGUGUCCAACUUGUCCACCCCAGUAACCCGUGGUUACUCCCUCACUGCCAUCAUGAAGCUGUCUACUCGCUUCAGCAGUGUCAACCGAAUCAAGAAGGUGGUGUCAAUAUACGGCAGCAGCAUCGACGUGGAGCUGCAACAGAGAGCUGUGGAGUACAAUGCACUUUUCAAGAAAUAUGAUCACAUGAGGCCUGCCUUACUAGAGCGAAUGCCCAUCAUGGAGAAAACAGCCUCCAAUGGCCCUACAGAGAUUGUGCAGACCAAUGGGGAGACAGAGCCCUCGGUGCCUGACACAAAACACCCCCCCCUAGUCACCCAGCCAGCCAACCAGGCUAAUGACUUGUUAGACCUGCUGGGAGGUAAUGAUGUGGUGCCUGUGAUCCAAACCACCCUGCCCACCAAGCCUGCCUCGGCUGGAGGAGAGCUGCUCGACCUAUUGGGGGACCUCUCACUGUCUAGUGGUCCAGCUCCUGCCCCCUCUGUGCCCAUCUCCCAGCCCCCCUUCCUCCUGGAUGGCCUCUCCUCACAGCCCCUGUUUAAUGAUAUUUCAGCAGCUAUUCCCCCCAUGACAGCGUAUAGCAAGAAUGGCCUGAAAAUAGAAUUCACCUUUGAGAGGGCCAAUCCGAACCCGAACAUAGCAGUCAUCACUAUCCACGCCACCAACACCACCGAGGCUGACAUGACAGAGUUUGUUUUCCAGGCUGCGGUUCCAAAGACAUUCCAGCUGCAGCUCUUGUCCCCUAGCAGUAAUAUUGUCCCAGCACUCAACCAGGGAAGCGUCACACAGGUCAUCAGAGUUCUCAACCCACAGAAGCAACAACUCCGCAUGAGGGUCAAGCUGACGUACACCCACAAAGGCUCACCUAUCCAAGAUCUGGCCGAGGUCAACAACUUUCCUCCUCAGUCCUGGCAAUGAUGACCGUGCCCUCUCGCGCUUAAAGACCCCGCCAAGGGAACUAUGGGAAAGAUUCCCCCCCCCCCCCCCCCUUACCCAGACUGAUCCCCUGUGACAUCACUGCAGACUGCUGCCCUGGGGUUGCAUGGGAAGCAGCGGAAUGUCAAACACACAAAAAGCCGAUGGUAUGAAGACCAUGAUGACGACAACCACAACGACAGCAAUGACGAUAGGCAUCACCAGAAAUAUGUGAAAACAUAUGAAUUUACUAACCCUUCUUUUCCUUGAUUGGUUUCACCUCAAUCUGUCUGCAGUUGCCAUUCUUUCCAUCUCCUUGCCCUCUCAAUGCACGUACGCCCACAUUGCACUCUCUGUGGUACGCCCACAUUGCGCUCUCUGUGGUACGCCCACAUUGCGCUCUCUGUGGUACGCCCACCCCUCUAAGGCGCCAUAGAAAAGAGCUGUUGACAAUGAGCACUUGAUUAAGCAGUCUGUUUUUUCUUUUGUUUCAUGUUUUUAAUCUUACAGGAAUUUAACAUGGGUAUAUAUAUUUUUGUACCUAUUUUCAAGUCUGAAUGAGGUGCAACUUAAUUAACUCUAUGAAAUUUGCACACUGUCCAUUCACCACUUUCCCAAAUUGGGUUUGGAAACUUGGAGUACUUUGGCUCUCAGUAUUUUAUCUAGUUUGUUCUCCAAUGUGACUAUAACACAUUCUAUUAUAAAGAUCUCCAGCUCUAUGCUUCAAAUGCAAGGUCUUCGGGUUGCAAUACAAAGGUUAAUCUCUCAUGAACAGAUUCUGGGUGUAAACCGAAGAAUCUGUUGGGAUGGAAUGCGUAGAAUCAGUUUUUGUCACUGAUUAUCUGGAUGUAUCAGGAUUGGCCGAAGGCGGUGCUUAAACUUUGACUGCUUCGCUUGUGUGGGGAAAUUGGUGGACGUGGGGGGCUUUGGUUAAGGGUUUCCUUUUGCGAGGGUGGAGACUUCGCAAACCGCAACUUCCAAUUUCUAAUACGUGUGGACUCACAACUACAUCACGCAGCUGACCAAAUUAUGCCAGAUUUUAGUCCUGCGUUAACCUGGUCUGCUCUUUUACAUCCAUUAACUUUGGCAGCAGAAGGAUUUUAAAGACGCAGAGCACUCAUUCAUUUUGGGGUUAACUUAAUUUGACCCUCCAUCUCACGAGUGAUUUAAAAGGCAAAAGGUGUGUGGAGUCAUUUUGAAUUACAUCAGUUUUCUCUGUUGAAAUCAGUUUGAGAGUUGUUUGAAUCCCACUCACCUUGGUUUGCCAGAAAGGCCUCUCAGCAGGGUUGAGAUACUGUAAAUGGCUGGAGUGUAUUUGUUUGUCAUGGGCUGGCUAACACAGAGUAUGGUUCCAUUUUCUUUAGUUUGGUCAGCAGUGUGGUAGCCAUAGCACGGCACAUCUUGUAAAAGUUUAUUUUCUGAGGUGGAAUCUAGAGGAUGGACAUUUCUACUUUGUUUGACUGUCCUGUAUAGCACCGUUUCCCCCACCUAGAUGGGCACUAUUUACAGUUUCUUCCAUCCACCUUUAUAAUUCAACGGUUAAUUGCUUAGAUCAAGCUGAGGUUAUUGAAGCAAUAUGGAUAUUGUAUAUCAGUGCAGGUCUGAGACACAUCUUAGUUAAAGGAAAAUCCUUAAACAUAGUUUCAUUGAAUACAUUAACUUUGGAAGUACUGAAUCUUCCAUGCAUCUGAACAAACAGCCGGAAAUGUAAGAUUUACAGCUUUGGGUCGUCAAUAUCUCUCUUUUAAGACUAUUAACCUGGCUGGACAUAGCCAGCCUAGAGACGACAUGUACAUUAAGUCUAUUUUGAAUGUAGUUAUAUGCACUGAAUGCUUUUUCUUUGCAGGCUUUUUCUGUGGCUGUCCUCUCUGAGGGCGCUGGCCAUUUUGUUGGCACUAUUUUUGUGGUAGUAUGAUUAUUAUUAUUUUUUGCAGUGAUUUGUCUUAAUUCUGAUAUCAGACAAUAAUGUUUAUGUGCCUUUUGACAUAACUAGUUGGGAAGUCCCUAAACUGGUCUGAUCUGUGUGACGAGGGUUUGUGUGUCAGGGAGUGCUUAUUGUGGGUUAUAUCCUGACUAGAGAGCAGGCAAGACAGACAGGCUGGAUGGGAGGUAGGAGUCGAAGAAGAAGGUGCCCUUUUUAUUUUAUUGACAUCUCCCACUGAGUUUCUAGCAUUUAGAGUGGAAAUGAUGGAGUCGGAUAUCAGUGUAGCUUGGUGUGAUUCCUUGGCUGUCAUACUUCUCCAAAUCAGAAUCCCGACCAAGCUGUCGGAAGCAUUAACCUGAAUACCUCACAAUGUUUUCUCUUCCUGUUAACUAUCAACAGCACAGUACCUGGAUAGCUGCAUUUAGUCUUCUGUAUGAUCUGCAAUCAAGUGGGCACCUGUAGGACAUCUCAUUACUAACACGCUUAGCUGCCCCAUGAUGCUGUGUGUUCAGACCUUCAGAUGUUCAAUCGCACUAUAUGCUUAUUGAUAGUCACUAUGCUACACUAUCAAACUUUUGUGACCAAAUCGGAGAUGCUAUUAGCGUUGGAAAUAAGCUUUGGAAAUAUUUUGAGCAAUGAUAUGUGUAUAUGGAGAAAACGAUUUUCAUUCUAUUAGUCAUCUUUUUUUCUGUUUUUGAUUAAAUGCUAUAUUGGGUUUUUCUGUAUAUAUUGAGGGCUUUUAAGGUUAGUCAAAUAUCCUUUCUUUUAUCCCUUUUUAUUUUUAGAUACCAACCAUUUUCUAAGACUUCCAAUUACUCACGGUGUAUAUUGUCUUAAUAGAUCUUAGUCUAAAAUAUGGUCUAAAAAGACUUCCCUAUUUCAUCAGUCAUCACAAAAGAUAUAUAAUCGGCUGCCUGUACAUUGUAUAUUAUUGUAAAGCAAAACAACACAGAAGAUGAUCAAAUGAAAUAAAACCCCAUUUGAAGACUUACACAGAUUAGCUAAGGACUAUAAUUGUAUACAUGUAUGUAAAAAAGAAUCAUCUUGAAACGAUGCAAAUGAGCUGCAUCCUCUUCAUAAGUUUGGAUGCAUCUUUUUUUCCUGCAGAUUUUAGUGGGUGAUUAGGCUGCUAUUGGUUUUUAUACAUGUCCUCUUAAGGUUUGGUUGGACAGAACUGGUGUUGUCUGUGAGUGAUGUACUGUACUACUGAGAGGUCUGUGAGCUGAGCACAGUGCUGCACAGUGACCGAGGUGGCACCUUGUCGGUAUUCGUGGUCCUCAGAAAGGCCUAAUCUGUUUUCAUAUGCCCCUUAAGAGGAGUAGGCCUCUUGCUAAGAUGCUGUAAUGCCUCGCUUGGUCUGUAAUGUGCUUUAUCGUUUUUUUUCUCUCCCCAGCAAAAGUAAUUGGAGAAAAUGAAUGUUGUCAGACAUGCAAGCUAAUUAAAUGACGGAUGACCUACCUACAGUGCACAUGGUCCUUCUAAGAGAACGAUUCUCAUUGUUGGCCCCCUUUUAAGUCUCUCUCUGUGUUUUUCUCCAGUCCUAUAGAUUCUCUCCCCAUUCAUCUGGCAUCUCACCUCCCCACAUUAAUUGUAUUGGAUUUCAGAGACGUGAGAAUGGGCUCAGAGUUUCUCUGAAGUGUUGAGUGAGGUCUUUUAUUUUACCCUUGUGAUGCUGUUGCACGUACCUUCUAUUGUAAGAUGGGGAUUGAAUAUCCUGAGUAUUUUCAGGCUAUGAGAAGUUUAAUCUGUGUGGUGGAUAUGGUUCAUUAAGUCGUAAGGCCUUGUCCCCUCAUGUGGUUGACAGAUACAAUGUGCUCUUGGCUGCCUGUCAUCAUCCACUCUUACUGGGUCUGUUCAUCGCUCCUGGUGACUGCAUUAAGGAACCCGUCUUAUGGACUGGUUUGUACGGCUCAAAGAGAGCAGAGAAUAGGCCUGGUUCUGUUACAGGGACCGGGCCAGCGGGGCAGUUGAAGUUCAGGCUCUCUUAGAGGAAAUAAGAUCCUUUCUAUUUAUUGAAAUCCAAUUCAAAAAUCAGGACUGAAGUGUGAGGCUGAUCUCUCUGCUGUGUGUAUGGCCUUUUUGUGUCUACAUUCUUUUCAGGAGACCUGUGAUCUUAAUGCAGUGCUGCUUAACCUGUUCUUGUGAUAUGACACAACUAGAACACUGAAAUGAAGCUGCAUGUUAGCUGUGCUGUGAGCUCAUUUCCACAAGGGGGAGCUGGUCAAGAUAGAAGACUGUAGGGAAGGGAAAGAUCUCAUACUUGUACCUUGUCUUGAAUGUUGUUUUUAUCCGUUCGAUUCCAUCAAUCGUGUUUGACCAGUUAACGCUUUUAAGGAUACAGUACCCCCAUAUAGUUUUAAAUGAAGGUGAAAUCCCAUUGGUUUGGACACUGCAUCUUUAAAAAGGACAUUUGUAAAGUCAAGAACCCUUCAGAGGUCUGAGCAGCUUUUGAAGCGUUUUGUUUGUCUAAUCAGCCUGUGUGUGUGUGUGUGUGUGUGUGUGUGUGUGUGUGUGUGUGUAUAAAUAUCUGAGUGUGUUGGCAUGUCUUGCUACAGUCACCUAGUAAGGACAUGAAAUUGGCUGCAAGGAUUUUAAUUCACAACUUCAGAGCUGCAUGUGAGAACCAAUGUAAAUAGUGUCAUUUCUACUCUAAGUAAUCCUCUUUUUGAAAUGCAAGAAAAGGUCCCAUUUUUCAACAAAUCCAACACACCACCUUGUUGGGUUGUACAUUUGAAAAUGUUUGUUGUUGUUGGUGGUGGAAGGGGUUAAAAGUGCACACCACUCAUUCGGAUGUAAUUGUUUUUUACUUCUAUAUUUGGCCAGGUGAAUUCUCUGUGUGUAAAGGGGUUUGAAGGCGCAUUUGACUUUAGCCACUAUUAUCCCUUUCCCUGUGAAAUCAUAAAGCGUCCAUUGUACUUUUGAAAGAGAAUCUGAAUAUGUAACCCUCAGAUUUAUCCCGACUAUACGACAACAUAUCUGAUUUGAGAAGGGGAGGACAUUUUUUUUUUUGAAAUUCCCUUUUCCAGACAGGUUUAACAUUUUGAACUGAAUCAGAGUCCCAUGUCUUCAAGGUGGGUGUGAAUGGACUGAAAAUAUGAAUAAUAAUGAUGAUGAUGAUGAUGAUUAAAGCUGAGAGGCUGUGUGUAUAUAUAUAUGGGAUAUUUUAGACUUAUGCUGUGUAUUAUUGUCUUUGGGUUGGAGGAAAUGAUGAUCAAGAGUAUAAAUAAAAAGUCAAACAAAA